AUGUGCUAUACGACGAUUUCCGGUACCGACGACGAAGAAAACAUGGAAGAGAUCUCUUCGACAUCUCCACCGCCGACAAACUCCAAGAAAACCGGAAAACUACACAUCGAGCCCCGGAAGAUCCGAAAGCCGUUGAUGGAGAAAAAGCGACGGGCAAGAAUAAAUCAGAGCCUGGACGAACUUAAACGAAUCGUUGUGGACGCCGAGAAAUUCGCCGGACAAGACCUCUCCAGAGUGAACAAACUGGAAAAAGCCGAUAUCCUGGAGAUGACGGUCAGAUACCUGAAGCGGAAGUCGACGGCCUCGGCUCCGUCACCGCCACCGCCCGGACCGGAAGUAUACGCGGCCGGAUACAGGCGGUGCAUAGGACAGGUCCAAGAGCUGUUGGCCGAACAGUGGACGGACGAGCUGCGACUAAUGUCCGGUCAAAGGAUGAUCGAACACUUGGAGUCGUGCGCUAGGAGGCUGAACAACGCGCCGGCGAACCGAUUGUCGUCUUCAUCUUCUCCUUCGGACCAACAGCCGAACACCAAAGUCACCGUCAUGAGCAAUAAUAACGUUUGCUCGUCUUCGUCAUCUUGCUCAUCCGACGAAGACGAUAGCGGUGCAGCGACGGAGGAUCGUACCGCGACGGAGUUACGCCGAGACGCCACCCCCGCAAAGUUGAUGUGGAGGCCUUGGUAG